AUGAAACACUUACAGAAUAUAAGACAGAUAUUUGAGAAAUUAAGAACAGUCUGUAUGAAACUAAAACAAAGCAAAUGCUUUUUUGCUAGACAUGAAGUAGAUGUACUGGGAUCCAUCAUAACUGAAGAAGGAAUUAGUUCUCUCACUAGAAAGAUCAACAAGGUAUAG